GCGAGCGGCCCAGUGUGACCGGGUUUCGGCAAAUGAACGCGAAUUGUGCCAUUACGGUGCUGGGUCAGCUGGGUUUGUUUACAAUGGAAACGUAAAACAAAAGUUUGCAAACUGACAAGAAAGUAAAAAAACAGUAUAAACUGCAGCAGAUUACUGGUAAUAACCAGUUGAGUGCCUUAAAACCAUAACGGCCCGUCACCGCGUAGCCAGCACAAUGCGAACGGACGUUGUGUGGAACUAUUCGAUCAUCUUUCUUUGCUGCGUGCUGAAAAACAUUGGCACCUUGGCCGAAGACGCACGUACAGCCUCGAAUCGCUACAACUCGCAGCAGCAACAGUCGCAGUUCAAGCAGCACACAAAUGUGGCUCCAUAUCAUCCGUCGGACGAUGCUGGUGCCCAGCAUCACCACCACCAUGCACACGACGCGACUGGCAGCGGCGGCGGAGGACAUCACCUUGACCACCAUUUGCAUCGGAGUUCGUACAAUCUGCUGAGCGAGGCCAUGUCACAGGCGGUGAGCAAUGAGUUUAGCUCGGCCAUGGGCAGCGGCUCGGCGGACGGGGCAUGCGGUGCUGACGAGCUGGACUGUCACCACGGCAGCAGCAGCACCCAGGAUCGUUUUGGGAUGGAGGCCAUUGCCAGUUUACAUCGCCAGCUCGAUGAUGACGACAACGGUAACAUCGACCUCAGCGAAUCGGAUGAUUUUCUGCGCGAGGAGCUAAAGUAUGACUCUGGCUACGAGAAGCGGCAGAAGGCCUUCCAUUUCAAUGAUGACAUGCACAUAUCGGUCAAGGAGCUGUGGGAGGCCUGGCUGCGCUCAGAGGUGCACAACUGGACCAUCGAGCAGACCACGGACUGGCUAGCCCAGUCCGUACAGCUGCCCCAGUAUGUGGAGCUCUUCAAGCUGCAUAAAGUCACUGGUGCUGCGCUGCCCCGGCUGGCCGUGAACAAUCUGCAGUAUGUGGGCAAUGUCCUGGGCAUCAAGGAUCCCAUACACAAGCAGAAAAUCUCAUUGAAAGCCAUGGACGUGGUGCUCUUUGGUCCGCCCCGUGACAAUGGCAACCGCUGGAAGGACUACAUCCUGGUCACCCUGCUGCUGAGUGCUAUUAUUGGCUGCUGGUAUGCAUAUCAACAGAAUAAAAAUGCCAAGCGCCAUUUGCGCCGCAUGGCCCAGGACAUGGAAGGCUUGCACCGCGCCGAGCAGAGCCUGCAAGAAAUGCAGAAGGAGCUGGAGCUGGCCCGCAUGGAACAGGAGAAUGUGGCCACCGAAAAACUCGACUUGGAGCGACGCCUCAAGGAAGCUCCCACACUCAGUUCAUCGAACUCCGACCUGGAGGUGCAGCAACUCAAGCAGGAAAUCGAGAUGCUGCGCAACGAACUGUCGCGGGCCGAAAUGGAGUUGGUGGACAACUGCUGGACUCCGCCUCCUCAGCUGCAGUCGUGGCUCCAGUAUACAUACGAACUCGAAAAUAGGAAUCAUCAGAAGAAGCGGGCCUCGGCCGAGAAGCAGCUCCAGUCGGCGAGGGAGGCUUGUGAGAAACUGCGAAAGAAGCGAUCGAGCCUGGUGGGUGCCUUUGUUUCCACACACGGCAAGAGUAUCGAUGACGUUGAUCGGUCCAUUGUCGAGGCACGCAAUUCGCUGGGCGAGGUGACUAACGAGUUGCAGGAACGACUCCAUCGCUGGAAGCAAAUCGAGACCUGCCUCGGCCUGAACAUUGUUAACAACAACGGGUUGCCUUAUUUGGAGAAUGUACUUUAUGGCCGCAACGUGGGCUUGCAGAGCUCCAUGGGAUCUAAUUCCGCCAAGGGCUCGCGUACCCGGAUUACCAACAGCACCGACGAUCUGGACGAUGAGUCUGUGCAAGAAGCCUUCUUCUAAUUGACUUAAAUCGACUCUGACGGAUUAAGCAGCUGCAUCAUUGACCUUUAUGUAUUGAAUCCCGAAUAAAAUCUUUUAAACAAUUAGGUACUGUAUUAAUAGAGGUCAAAAUUAACCUUAUGUAUAUUAAUAAAA